AUGAGUUCUUCAAGUACAGAGUCCUUUGAAGUUGACAACUCAACCUUAUAUGAGUAUUAUGAUAAUUAUAACGAUGCUCCAAAACCCUGCAGUAAGGAGACCAUCAAGAGGUUUGCAGCCUUCUUCCUACCUAUUCUGUAUAGUCUAGUAUUCCUGGUUGGGCUCACGGGAAACAUUCUGGUCAUUGUGGUCCUCUUCAAAUACAAGAGGUUGAAGAGCAUGACUGAUGUGUACCUGCAAAUCUCAGAUUUGCUCUUUGUUUUAUCCUUGCCUUUCUGGUCUUAUUUCAUGAUAGACCAAUGGGUUUUUGGAACUCCCUGGUGUAAAAUCAUUUCAUGGAUAUACCUGGUUGGGUUUUACAGUGAGAUAUUUUUUAUUAUGCUCAUGAGCAUAGACAGAUACCUGGCUAUUGUUCGUGUAGUCUUUUCCUUGAAAGCAAGGACUGCCUUCCAUGGCUUGGUUACUAGCCUUGUUGUAUGGCUUGUAGCUCUUUCAGCCUCAGUUCCAGAACUCGUAUUCUCAGAAUCUUUCAAUGAACAGAAUUAUACUACCUGCAAGCCAAGAUAUCCAGGCAAUUUCAUAGCAUGGAAGCUUUUUUCUACUUUGGAAAUGAACAUUCUAGGGCUCCUAAUCCCUCUUACAGUUAUGGUAUUUUGCUACUCCAUGAUCAUUAAAACAUUAGUUCACUGUAGAAAUGAGAAAAAAAAUAAGGCUGUGAGGAUGAUCUUUGCUGUCAUGAUUGUGUUUUUCUUCUUUUGGACCCCUUACAACAUUGUUAUCUUUUUACAACUGUUGGAAAUCAUGGGAGUCUUUAGAGACUGUCAAGUGAGCAGGAAUCUAGACUAUGCUUUCCAGGUAACAGAAAUCCUCAGCCUUUCUCACUGUUGCCUCAAUCCAGUCAUCUACUUCUUCAUGGGGGAAAAAUUUAAGAAGUACGUGAAGAUGCUCUUUAAGAAUUGGUGGUUACCUGGAGAGCUUUGCAAGUGCUGUGGAGUUCACAUCACUUACCACUCUGAAUCUACCAGUUCCUUCCACACACAGUCUACAGGAGAUCAAGACACUCUGUAA